AUGCGUGAAAUACUAUAUUAUGCACAUUUUUCACCAUGGAGAAGUCGUUUGCAUAAUAUUUAUAAUAGUAAAUAUUUUGAUUUAAUUAUUGUUGCUGUUAUUGGUCUUAAUGUAGUUACUAUGUUAUUAGAAUUUUGUUUAAUCCAACCGGCAUUUGAUUUAGUUCUUGAUUAUUGUAAUUAUGUAUUUACAACUUUGAAUCAAUAUCAAAGAUUAUUGCUCUUGGAACAUUACGUUAUUUUAAAGAGAAGUAUUUUAUUUAAAAAAAAAAGAAAGAUUUUUUUAUUAUUUGUUUUAUUUAUGUAAAGAUGGAAUCAACUUGAUAUAACAAUAGUUAUAUUAUCAAUAGCUGAAUUUGUUUUAGAAAAAAGGAAUAGUAGACAUAUACUUCCUAUUAAUCCAACUCUUAUACGUAUUAUGAGAGUACUCAGAAUUGCAUGAGGUUAGUUUUUUUUUAAAUUUUAAAUUUUAUUGUAUGAUUUAUUCAAAUAAUUUAGCUGUUUAAUAGAUUCUUUUUCUAUUUAAGAUAGUAACAUAAAUUAGAGAAGAUUUCAUCAUUCCUUUUACAUUCUAUUCGAUCAAAUUUUGAAAAUUUCCUACUCUUUCAAGGGGAAAACAGCGAAUUUCAAGCAUAGAGAUUUCAAAUUUUUAAAAGAUUUUACAAGACUUCAUCAGAUGUCAAGGCUGAAGUUUCAGCUGUUUACCCCUUGAAGAAACCAUAAAAGACAUUUGACAAGUAAACAGUAUAUUAUACUAAGUUUUUUAUGUGUUUAACAUUAUUACAGAUAUGUGAAAUAAAUAGUUAUGAAAAAAUAUAAUGAAUUAUUGAAAUUUGAUGUCAAACAUCUAAAAUAAAGAUUUGAGCUGAGAGAAAAAAUUUAUUUAAACAUGGCAGAAAUUUUUUGGUUAUGAAUUUUUGAAAAAAGAAACAAAUAUCUAAAUGAAAAGUUGA